AUUGGGCCCCCAGAGAGUGAUUUAACUGGUUUGGGGUGUGGCCCCGAGCGCUGGGAGUUUCAAAGCUCUGCAAGUGAAGGUGCAGCCAGCAUUGUGACCCAUCGCCUGAGUGUCGUCUGGUUGGAAUCCCAGCUCCCCACUCGCUAGCUUUGGGAAGCAGGCUGCACUCGGGCCGCUGACGCAGUAGCAUGGAGCUGGUCCAGGACACCUCGCGCCCGCCGCUGCAGUACGUGAAGGGGAUCCCUCUCAUCAAGUACUUUGCCGAGGCCCUGGGGCCACUGGAGGCCUUCCAAGCUCAGCCUGAUGACCUGCUUGUCAGUACCUACCCCAAAUCUGGCACCACCUGGGUGAGCGAGAUCCUGGACAUGAUCUACCAAGGUGGUGAUCUGGAGAAGUGUCGCAGGGCCCCUGUCUUUAUGCGGGUACCAUUCCUUGAGUUCAAGGCUCCAGGGAUUCCUUCAGGUAUGGAGACUCUGAAAGAUACACCAGCCCCACGAAUACUCAAGACACACUUGCCCCUGGCCCUGCUCCCCCAGACCCUGCUGGAUCAGAAGGUCAAGGUGGUCUACGUUGCCCGCAAUGCUAAGGACGUGGCCGUCUCCUAUUACCACUUCUACCGCAUGGCCAAGGUGCACCCUGACCCUGGCACCUGGGACAGCUUCCUGGAGAAGUUCAUGGCUGGGGAAGUGUCCUACGGGUUCUGGUAUCAGCAUGUGCGGGAGUGGUGGGAGCUGAGUCACACCCACCCUAUUCUCUACCUCUUCUACGAGGACAUGAAAGAGAACCCUAAAAGGGAGAUUCAGAAGAUCCUGAAGUUUGUGGGGCGCUCCCUGCCAGAGGAGACCGUGGAUUUCAUCACCCAGCAGACAUCUUUCAAGGAGAUGAAGAAGAACCCCAUGGCUAACUACACCACUGUACCCCCUGACCUCAUGGACCAGAAUGUUUCCGCCUUCAUGCGGAAAGGCGUCUCAGGGGACUGGAAGACCACCUUCACUGUGGCCCAGAACGAGCGCUUUGACGCCCACUACGCGGAGAAGAUGGCGGGCUGCGGCCUCAGCUUCCGCACGCACCUGUGAGUGGUGCUCCCUGAGGCGCUCCGGAGGCCCCGCUGCUGUGACACGGCCUGACCCCGAGCUCACAAAUAAAAUGUCAUUUGUGUUACA